GCCACCACCCACAACGACGCAGCCAUGUUCUGGCGCCUCGCAAACUUUGCAGAGUCGCACCGCUCCCCCACGCUCCCUCACCUGCCGCUACCGAUGGUGUCGGCAGAGAGCGCUGCCGGCCCGAGCCGGCUGGGCAUGCGGUUUCCGCGCGCGGCGAGCCCGCCGGGGCCCAGCAGGCCGCCCGCCGUCGAGACGAAUAUCGGCGAGUUCAAGCCGCCAGAAGAGGGCGGCGUGGAGGUGGAUGCGUAUGGCCUAAACUUCUGGGAGUACCGCCGCGCAUGCUUCCUCGCGGGCCAGCCGUGGCCGAUCACAGACUCGGGCGACGCCCUCCCAGAGACCUACACUGUCGCGGCGCCGCCAGAGCCGAUGCCGGCCGACACCGCCCCGCCGGACCCGGGGAGCAGCAUCGCGCGCCUCGAGGCCGUGCUCGCCGAGUUUGGCGCCGAGGAGUCGGACGUCGCGUGGAACGGCGGCGUUGGGGGGGUGCAUCGCAACCUUAGUGGGGGGAAGAAGUUGGCCAAGAGGCUCAGGCUGGGGCUGGUGAUCAAAGUCCUCCGCGCUGGCUGGCUGCGCGACGGCACGUGGCCGCUCGAUCCGAAGACGUCGCGCGCGGCCGUCCCGCCGCCAGACUCGCCGCUACAGACCGCGGCGGAUGCUGCUGGCACGGCGACGGCGACGACAGCAGCAGCGGCGGCCGCUCCCGGCGCUGAUGGAGCUGAGCCCGCCGGGGCACCUCCUGGCCCGGCCGACCCACCACACCUGUCCCUCGCACCCCUCGCGCCGGAAACACCACACCCCGGCCUCCUCCCCAUCCCCGUACGCGCUGGCGAGCCCCUCGCCAUGCGCCGUUCAUAGCACCGCCGCGCACUGAACUGCACUGCAUCCUUCACUCGCGUGACCCACCCCCCGCAUAGCAUAUCUACACCUAAUGCAUACACUUUUACAGGCC